GUCUGAAUUGGUAACAUGUUAUGUUAUUUUCUUAAUAUCCACGCCCAGUUAAACUACAGAUGAUGGUGGCAUACCACCAGUCGGUUGUCGACCAAAAUCUACCGGUGGACCGAUAUAUCUUUGUUAUCUGAGUUAUUUUAAUCCACAUUGCAACGCAACGACACAUUUUUCCUAUGACCUACUUUUAUUUCCGGGAAGUUUUACUUUGGGAUGGAAAGAACUCGACUUCUCAUCAUAUUUUAUAUAAUAUGAUAUGCCUUAUUUGUCAUUAAAAGGUAACGUUUCUGAUUAAACUACCCAAUAUGCACAUUUUAAAUGUAGUCUGGUUGUCACGGUGACAAUUGUACCGCGUUGCAUGCUGGGGAAAGUGAAGCAGCAAUUCCUGUUAUGCCGGGAUAUUAUUCUUUUGGUCUGAGGUAGUUCAAGUCUGUCCUGUGCAGAAUGGCGUUAACUCUGUUCGAGCGUUUAUUAGUAUGGAUACUGCGAACAAUUGUAAGGAUACUCGAUUGUUUUUUAUCGCUUACUGCGACCCAACGAAAGUCAGACAGGUCUGUGCGACUCCCACCAAUCACCAACCCACUUUUGACGGCCACAGCGAUGCAACUCGCUCGCAGGAUUCGCCGCAAGGAGGUCACAAGCGUGGAGGUGGUGCAAGCCUACAUUGACCGCAUUCAGGAAGUCAACCCUAUCAUAAAUGCUGUGGUCAAGGAUCGGUUUUCUGCUGCAUUACAGGAGGCGUCUCAGGUAGACAAGCUUAUUGAGGAGGAGACUGGAGGAGAGGAUGUGCUGGAGGACAGACUCCCCCUGCUGGGAGUGCCUUUUACUGUCAAAGAGGCUUUUGCUUUACAGGGUAUGCCAAAUUCCACUGGGCUGAUGUCUAGAAAAUUUGUGAUUUCGCCCAAUGAUGCUCCCACUGUGGCCUUGCUGAAGAGAGCAGGAGCUAUCCCCCUCGGGGUGACCAACUGCAGUGAGCUGUGCAUGUGGCUGGAGUCUCACAAUCACCUGUAUGGUAUCACCCGAAACCCCUAUGACCUAGGGAGGAUAGCUGGAGGUAGCUCCGGAGGAGAAGGAAGUAUUUUGGGUGCAGGAGGCUCUGUAAUCGGUGUCGGUUCAGAUAUUGGAGGAAGUAUACGCAUGCCCUGUUUUUUCAACGGCAUCUUUGGGCACAAACCAACUCCAGGAAUAGUUCCCAAUGAGGGGCAGUACCCCCCCGCCUCAGGGCAGCAGCUGGGCUUCCUCUGCACAGGCCCCAUGUGCCGCUAUGCUGAGGAUCUAAUGCCCAUGCUGAAGAUCAUGGGAGGCUCCAACACAGAGAGGUUGUGUUUGUCAUCUGAGGUUGAUCUGAAGACCUUACGAUUCUUUUCAGUCCCACAUGAUGGUGGCUCUCCCUUGGUCUCUCCUGUGGAUCAACAACUUGUUCAAGCACAAAAGAGAGUAGUAGAGCACCUUGAGGCUGAGUUGGGGGUCAGAGUUCAAAAACUCAAUAUCCCUCAGCUGAAAUACUCAUUUCAGAUCUGGGGAGCUAUGAUGGCAUCUCCUGGGAAGGAUGGAAAGCCACCCACUACCUUUUCUGAGCUGAUGGCGGAUAGGGGUAGGAGGGUGUGGCCUCUGUGGGAGCUGUUCAAGUGGAUGUUUGGACUCUCCGAUCACACCAUGGCUGCCAUAGGCUUGACAUUGGUAGAGAUGUUCCAGAGUGCACGGCCGUCGUCCUUCAUUCUGAAGCAGAGGGAGACGCUGCAGAAGGAUCUGGAAGAGCUGCUGGGCACAGAUGGUGUGCUGUUGUACCCUUCCCACCCCCAUUUAGCCCCCCAUCACCACCACCCACUCCUCACACCUUUCAAUUUCUCUUACACAGGCAUCUUCAACAUACUAGGCCUCCCAGUGACCCAGUGUCCACUCGGGCUCAGCAAGGAGGGCUUGCCCCUUGGAGUGCAGUUGGUGGCGGGGAAGAUGCAGGACCGAAUCUGCUUAGCCACUGCAGUGUACCUAGAGAAAGCCUUUGGAGGCUGGAGAGACCCAGGCAAAGGUUCAACAGCAUCCAGGUCCACAGCACCUUAGUACAGAAGUGCCUUGAUGGCACUACUAAACACAUUGGUAAUUUACUGUACAAUAAACAUGGUCAUAAAGUACUGGAAUUUUUUAUGAAUGCCAUUUUGUGAAGGAAUGGAACAGUAUGUUUGGUCAUAACAAUAAUGUAUAAUAAUAUAUUGUGCAGCCAUAUCAAUAAAAAGACUUAUGACAACAUAAUUGCUUUGUUGAAAAUACUUAAACUUACAAACCCUCAUGUAGAUUCCUGUCAACAUGUUAAGAUACAGUGCUUUUCAUAAUCAUAAAGAAACUAUGAAUAUAGUGGAUGAACUAUAGGAAAAAGCAACAGGAUGUACAAAACCUUAAAUCCUGUUCUGAAGUGUAGUUUCCUGUAAUCUCUGUACAAUGGCCAGUCAAUGGACCAUUAUGUGGAUUGGAUUUUCCGACUCAAAUCAGGUUAUGUAAGCUGCAUGAUGACCCCUAUAUUAGUGACUAGCUGAAUGUAUCAAAGAGCCAAACUUUUCAUAGGUUAGUAUGAAGGACUGUUACAGAAGUGUGGUAUUUACACAGAAUGCAUCAAAACUGGGAUUGAAAGUGCUACGAAGGUUAAAAGAGUGUGAGAACGUUUCUUGUGGUUGAUGCAUCAGUCAGUCUUUUUUACAGUAAAGAGCAGUAACAAAGCAGGUGUAACAUACUCCAGAUUUAGCAGUGUAGGUCUGAACAACAAGCUUCUCCAUCUCUAGUCCUAUAUACUGCUUAAGAUACCUUGUUAAGAUCCUACCAUAAGAUCCUUGGGGAAUUGGAAUCUAACUUUCUUUUGGCUAUUACAUUUUUGCUUUGUUUUAGGCUACUCUUCUCAAAUGAAUGCUCUGAAGGUAGAGUGCUGGCUGUUCCUCAUGUGUGCUCUGAAGGUAGAGUGCUGUUCCUCAUGUGUGCUCUGAAGGUAGAGUGCUGUUCCUCAUGUGUUGCUGAAGGUAGAGUGCUGUUCCUCAUGUGUGCUCUGAAGGUAGAGUGCUGUUCCUCAUGUGUGCUGAAGGUAGAGUGCUGUUCCUCAUGUGUGCUCUGAAGGUAGAGUGCUGGCUGUUCCUCUGUGGAGACGCACACAGGGCUGCACCAAGCUGUUUGAAAUCUUAUGCCCAUGUGUCAGUGACUGUUUGACAGACAACUGAGAAUAUGUGCUAUAUGUACAAAACUCAUCAAAACUUAGAGACAAAAAGUCAGGGCUGUAAUGUUAACUAAUGUUAAAUCUGGAGCUAGCGAGUAGUGAAGAUAACUUUAUGUUUGAACCGACUAAGUUAGCAGUAGUUUUAGCAGUAUAAAUGCCAACACCUUAUUUCUGUCAGGUAAGGCCAUUUUCUAAGCAACACGCUUAGAGAGUGUCUCCAUGCUGAAAUAAACUCCAAAAACCCUACGUCUUCCGGGUCCAUUCUCCAAGUUUGGCGUGCUCAUUGGAUUCUAACAACCCAUUAAUUUCUGCAUCAGAGGCCUCCUACAACUGAACAGGUAUCAUCUGAAAUAUAAAAAAACUCAGUUUGGUCUCAUUGCAUGAUCAUUAUUUUGUCUCUGUCAGAAAGUAAAUAUGGUGACAAGUAGUUUGUUUCAAGUAGAGGGUGUGACUCCAAAGGUUUUAUCAUAUAGCAGCAGCGGCAUCCCAGCAAAAGUGGCAUAUUUUUUUCCGUUGAGGUAGGUCGACCAGCCCACCAGACAAGCCUCAGCCCACACAGUAGUCUACAACCUUCAUGACAGAAAGGUUGAGCAGUAUGGAAAAGGGAAGUUAUGCUGUCGUUUUAGGCUCACCUUGGCUCAUAUCCUGUUAUAUCAUUGCUGCCUGGCUACAGAUCAAUCUGCCGAUAGGUAAUUUUGUCUGCUGUAUAGCCUAACAAGUAAAACAAAUUUCACUGCCUUACAGCCUUGGAUAAGAAAACCAUGCAAGCACACAAAGCUAAUGGAAACUUGACAGAAGAUAGAACAGUGGUGAUGCGCAGGUAUACUCCUUCGGAUAAUAGAGAGGUCCUGCGUAUCUUCCAAGAAGGUAUGAUGGAAAUGGUGGCCGACACUGCUUUUCGUGGCUUACUGUAUCACCCAGAAAGUCAAUUACUGUACGCUGCUGUAACAGUUUCAAUCUAUGUGCUCACUGGAUCGAUAUGGUUGGCCUGCUGCAUACUGCCACUUGUAUUAGGCGCACGGUACCACUACAGUAGGAAAGUGGUGAAUAGAUACUUGGAAAGGGCGCAGGACAUGCAUGACAUUGACCAGUACUACAUGGAAUCCUCUGUUCACUGCCUCUGGGUUGCGGAAAUUGGAGGUUCAGUGGUUGGGAUGGUUGCAGCCCACUGUCUUCAGGAUGGCAGCAUAGAGCUGCUACGCAUGUCUGUGGACCAGCGCUUUCGAUGCCAGCGGGUUGGGGUAGCACUUGGCCAGCAGGUUCUCAAGUUUGCCCGUCUAUGUGCCCGCUCCUCUUCCUCUACUACCACCUCAGUGGUCCUGGGUACCACAGCGUACAUGGCAGCACCCCACCGCCUUUACCUGGCUCUAGGCUUCCGCUGCGUAGGCAUCACUGAAGGAUUCUCCACACCUGGCAUUGAGCGAUCCCUCCUGGAAAGAGCAUUCUACAGAGUCCGCCACCACCACUACAAAGUGGACUUAAAAUAGUCAUGGAUUGCAUUAUUGUGAAUUUAUAUGAAACAAACCACAGCUUUAUGUGAUGGGAUGGAUGUUUUUGAUAUGGUGAUGAAAAAGAAGGAGAGGAGAAAAUGCUCUCCCAGAGGGCACUCUCAGGGCAUUGAAUAAGGAUCCAUUUUCCAAGUACCAAAGCUCUAUAGACACAACCUUGAAAUACCAGAUAUAUACAAAACCUGGAACUGGGUUUCUGUCAUUAGCUAUGCAUGCCUAUACAGCUGUGAAAACUAGAUAUGUCUCUCUUUGUCUCCUGAAGCACCCCACCCUUUUCCCUACUGAUUGGAUCAUAACUGACUCAGAAAGUCUGAGUGAGCACAGCUGUUCUAGUCUGAUAAGCCUGCCGCCCCUUUCUCCAUCUCAGGUGCAACACAUAGACCCUAAACACAGUCAGUUCAGAAAGGGUGCUGGCCCAAAUGUGUUUUUAUACUGAUAAUGGCAUUUGGGUUUAACAGACAUAACUUUGUAAUGGGUUUACAAAAUAUGUGUGAAAUUUACAAGGAGUUAUUAGUGUCAAUAGACUAGAAAUAAAAAUGAAUAGACAUAUUUCCUUGGAUGUGUUACAGCUGUAUGCAAAGGUUUAGGCACCCCUGUGAAAAUAACAUGACAUAUUUGUAUGUGGACUAAAUACAAUCUCUGCAGUAAAAGACAUUUAAAAAAAAAAAA